ACUGAUAAUAAUAUUUCACAAUGAGGGAUUUACCGUAUAAUCGCGUGUGUAAUAUGUGAUCACGCCGUGCGAAUCGAAUGGCGAUUUGGCUGUUGCUUGCGUUCGAGAUUUGUUACCAAACGAAACCUCAUCAAACAGAAAUUGGCAUAGGUACGAUGCGAUGCAGCGCACGAGAUCAUUCUGCCAUCGAAAAUCGUGGCAUCAAGAUCAGCCGACUUUUGGUAUCUUGGCAUGGAGCGAAGAAACGUAAUUCUAACAGCAAUUUUUGGAACAGUAGGAGGUCUAGCGAUAUUGGUGGUUUUCGGUAUGGCAGCGUGGCUUUAUCUUCGAGCGAAAAAAUCCAAACAGGACAACGAUCUCGAACCACAGAAUGAACAUGGGGACAGUUUCAACGAUGGAAAAUCACCGAAGAGAAAUGGUCUUUUAACUCUCAAGACACCUUUAAUCAGUACAAAAUCUUUUGGGUAAGCUCAAAUGUCAGUUUAUUGGCUUUAUAUUCUUUUUAUUCGAUCAAAUAUAACGAUACACUUUCUUUAAAAGAAAAAUGAUAACUUGGCAGACGAGUAACGGAUUAUAAUACGGAAAUUAUGUUUCAGACUGAUAAAACGUAAUUUGAUUAAUGAUUGUAAGAUUUUAAUUAACGUGAUAUCAGGCUAUUAAUCAUAAUUACUUAUCAUUAAAUGAUCGAUAAUCAUUGAUUGGACAGUUAAUCAAGAUCGUUAUGAUCAAAGACGAUGAUUAUAUAUUAUAGAAAUGAUGAAUCAUAAAAUGAAGUUUCAAUUAUGCUUUAUUGAAUACUUCUCAAUUGUAAUAUAUUUUUUAUGUUUCAAAAUACUUUUUUUCAUGAUAAAAACACUUGUAAAAGAUUAGAUAAUUUUUAUCAAAUUCGCCGUGUAGUCACAGACGAGGUAUAUGAAUUCACAUUAAAAAUUAAAAAUACUAGUUGGUAAGGCAGAGUUAUUUCCGUUUAUCUCUGUUACCGACUGAGUAAGUAAUUUGACCACGGACUGAUGAAGUAUUUGACUAUUUGACCGACCACCUAGCCAGCGAACUGUCGAAAAAAGGUGAUUUUACCGACACUAGAGAAAUCCGUGUUUAUUCAUUUUGUUUGAUUACAUGAGUAUCGAUUGAUUUUUAUUAGCGUACAAUAUAUGUACAAAUUUACUUUUCUCUCUUUUCUUUCUUACUCCAUUUUCGAUAUUCCAGUAUUGUUAAAUUUUCAAAGGAUAAUUAAAUCUGUCCGAGCAUAACGCGCGCGCGUUUGAAUAAAUCGACAUAUUCGAAAUAAUAUUAUUUCAAAUAUGAAUAUUGUAUUUUUAAAUAAAUUUAAUCGACAAACUCAAAUUGUACGCCUUUAUUUAAUUACGAAAACGAAAAGGGCAAUUGAAAAAAAGAAGAACGAAAAAUGAAAGAGAGAAUAAUAAUACAUCUAACAGACGUAGCAAUAGCAAGUGAUGCAAAUAUUAUACCAAAGGAACAGGAUAAAAUUAUAAAAUACAUACCAGUAGUAAUAGAAUUAAGAGCUCUAGGCAUUGUAAUUACAUCAAUGUCAGUCACAAGAAUCACACCGCAAUAUUCACCAGGAUUCACUAAGAAUCUAAAACUAUUGGACUUACGAACAGACAUGCACACGAACAUAGAAUAGUCAGAAAAUUUCUGCACCAGUUACAUACGUAACUUAGUCACUUCAGGGAGAAACCCAGUAUGACUCACAAAAUGAAUUUAACUCAUAAAGAAACAUAAUUUCCAUUCAUCUAUCCGUAUUAUCCAUACAUUUCCUG